AUAGCGUUGUGGGUGGUUUCUUGUUCGAGAAGAUGAGAUUGCUUAUUGUGUUGAGGUUUACUUUUGGAGAGGGUCUACUCUUGGGGUUCUUUCCUGGGGAGGAGUAGCGCAGUGGUUGGUGUGCAUGCUACAAUUUUGAGAUUUUAAUCGGGCUGUAGAUAGAAGCUGAAAACUAGCAUCACAUCAAAUUUCCAUUUUCAAUGCCAUCGCCUCUAGUACGACCACCACCUAGCAUAAUUUCUUGACAAGCUACUACACUCAUCGAUUUAAUACCCAGAACAACAAGAUCUAGACCGACAAGGGAAAAGAACAUGAAGAAGCGAAGUAAACGUAAGUAUAAUAACUCACGAGACCACCCGAUGAAAUCAAAUGCUAGUUGCAAGCAGAAGAAAGAACCGCUUGGUCCUGUAUGGCGAGUUUUUGUUUUGCCGGACACCUGCAACCACCAAAGCACACCUGAUUCGCCUCCCACACAUCGUUGAGGUAGUCCUCCAGAUUCAGAUGAUCAUUACCAGGCCAGGCCCAUUUGUUCUUGCGAACGCUCGUCCCACGAACUCUUACGCCCGCCUCCAGGGUCUGCCAGUGUUCGCGGGUGCCCGUUUUUCCGUAUUGAUCUUUUCCGUACCGGCACGGGUCUUCCAUGUGAGCUGGAAGAGGUUGGAUGUUCUGGUUCUGAAACAGGUCAUCCGUGUCCGGUAG